AUGCCGGAUAUACUUGAGCUAAUAUUGGAACAGACUUCGCCGGAUAAUAACUUGAGGAGAAGUGCCGAGCUAGAAUUUAGCAAAACCGUUAACCAUGAACCAACGGAAUCGUUGUAUCUCAUUUUGGAAUUAGCGUUGAAUGGUGCCUUACCUAUUGGUACUCGACAAGCAUGUUUGCUACAGAUCAAGAGGCUUGUGCCCAAGUUUUGGUCUCUUGGGUUUUCGUCGUUUAUUGGGCCACCUAUUUCCCAAGAUUUAAAGCCAAUCAUUAGAUCGAAAUUAUUAAAUCUCGCUGUCACCAGCGCUGACUCGAAAUUGCGCAGUGGAGCUGCAUACGCAAUUGUUCAAAUUGCAUCGGUGGACUUUCCUGAUGAGUGGCCCGAGCUUAUGAAUCAGUUGUUUUCAGCAACGGUAGAUUACUCAAAUGAAUGCGCCAUGUUGGGAGGAUUGCAAGUUUUGACUGAUUUAUUUGAUGAUUUGAUUACAGAAGAGCAGUUUUGGGAAGGCGGUGUUGGAAACACAGUUAUCCAUCAAUUGGAUAGCAUAUUUGAAAACAACAAGAUUGCUGCCACCGUGAAAAAUCAAGCAAUUAAAUUAUACGAAUCUGUUUUGGCCAUUUUGCAAAGUCCCGAAGCUUUUAAAGAUACAAAAAGGAAACAAUUUGUCAUUACACAAAUAUCAACUACAUUGAAUAUCUUUACACAAUUGAUUCAAAAAGAAAGUGGCAUGUUGAUUGAAGUGGAGUUUAAGAGUAAUUUGUACAAUGCUAUAGCUUCCAUAAUCGGACAAUUUCACCAGCGUAUCCCAAAUGAAAUCAAGACCAACAUAUUAUCUUUUACAUGCCAAGAAUUGUCAAAGAUAGCACCAAUAUACAAUAAAGUGGCAUUGAAUGAAUAUGAAAUACCACCACUACCACCAUCUUCAUCACAAUCAUCAGAUUGCGCACUUGAGGCAUUGCCAGUAUUUAAUAACCUCAUAUACAAUAUUUUCCAGGCAAUAUCGAGCAUACAACACGACAUUCCAAUAGCUCAAGUUGCCAACUUAUCGGAAUUUCUCAAGGAUGCAGUGGUAUGCUCAGCAUUAGCAAAAGAAACUGUUGAAGAAUUUGAAAGUGACUUGAACAAAUAUGUGAGUGAUAUGACGGGACUAUCAAUGGAAAACAAUCCAAGAGAUUCGAUACUUGAUUUCUGGGGCGAGUUGAAUAAAGAUGAUGUUCAAACAGUAUGCUUGGAUAUAACUAAACUGUAUUCACAGGAUAAACGAAUUUUAGAAGCACAAUUGUUCACUCUUGAAGGGAUAUUAUCAAAUGAUAACGAUUUGCCACCUGUAUCAUUGACCGAUUUGUUAUCGUUUAUUUCAUUUGAUUGUAGUUUGGUAACAGCAAGAUGCUUUUUAUUACUUCCCAAAUACUUUGAAAAAUUCGGCACUGACCAAGCUGAAAAGGUCUUUACUGAUAUGAUGGUAUUUACCGAAAAGGCAAGUCCAAUUAUACAGAUAUCAACUUUGAUCAGUUGUACUUAUUAUCAACAUGUUUUUGAAUUUAGCAAUUUGAAUAGUUCAGUGCAACAGAUUAUUUUCAAGCUUGCAUUUUUGUUAAUCAACGAGUGUGAAGAAGAUGGGUUACCAGUUUUGUUGGAGGCCAUUACUUCUGCCAUCUCUAUUAAUCCGACUAAAGCGGCCUCGGUUGAAGUUGCACCCAAGGUUAACGUUAUCGAAAUAAUAUUUAAGAUAGCAUUCAAAGAUCCUGGUAAUGUUCAAUUAAUUUCAGAUGCCUCGGACUGUUUAAGCACAUUAUUGGAAAAAGUCAAUGUUCAAGAUUACCUUAUUGCAUGUGAGAAAUCGUUACCCUUUAUUUUCCAGUUAAUGGAACAAAGCAAUGGCGAGUAUACACCAGAGUUAUACCUCAGCUUGGAAUUGUUGAGCAUCAUUAUAAAAUCGGGACCCGAACAACUCCCACUGCAAAUUUUUGAGUAUGCUUUCCCCAUAUUGAGAUCGAUACUUUUAAAAUCAUCAGAUAACCAAAUCUUACAAAGUGGAGGUGAGAUUUUCAACGAACUAAUACAAAAAGCAUCGCAAUUAUUUAUUGCAUAUCGAAACGAACAAACAAAGGAAUCGGGAAUGGAACUAAUGAUGAAAAUCGUAUACAGGUUUUUGUCACCUCAAUUAUCCGAUAGUGCCGCUAGUAGAUGCGGAUCCAUUGUUUGCUCGCUUAUAUCUCGCUUUCAAUACGAAAUCCCACCACAAAUCAUUACCCAAAUCUUGCAAGCUACCGUCAACAGACUAGUCAUUGCCAAAGAACCAAUAACUAUUGAAAAUCUCAUAAUGGUGUUUUGUCAAUUAGUGCUUCUAUCACCAGCAGAUGCUAUAAAUUUCUUGUCUAGUAUGACGAUAAAUGAUAAAUCAGGUUUGGCCACAGUAUUACCGAUUUGGUUUGACUCGUAUCAAGUAACUCGGGGAUUUGAACAAAUCAAACAAAAUUCACUUGCAUUAGCCAAAAUCUUUACUAUAGGUGAUUCAAGAAUUGAAAAUUUGAUUGUGAAUGGUGAAAUCAUUCCUUAUGAGGGAGACUUGAUCAUUACUCGGUCGAGAGCAAAGACCAUGCCUGAUAAGUACACUAGGAUUUCGGCAUCUUUGAAAAUAUUGAAAUUACUAGUUGGCGAAUUACAAUUUCAAUGUCAACAACCUGGUGGUGGAGACAAUGAGGGAGAAGAAGGGGAAGAGGUGGCUAACGAUGAUGAUGGAGAUGAUGGAUGGGAAGAUUUGGAUGAUAUUGGUGUACCUAAUUACGAAAAGUUAAAAUCAUACGUUGAUGAAGAGACUAAGGCCAGUGAGAGAAACAGAAAUGAUGAAAGUUUAAAACAAUUAUUGAUUCAAUUUUUCAAAGAGUGUACUGCAAAGAACUUGGGCAACUUUGGUCGAUAUUACGAGCAGUUAUCCGAUCAUGAGAAAAGGUUGAUUAGUGAAUGUAUCAUUUUUUAG